CCCGCCCCCCACCCGCCGGGUGCCGGGGCUCGCGCCGCCGCCGGUUUAACCGCCGGUCACCGGGCGGGCUCGCGCCGCGCCAUGAGGGCGCAGCUGGAGCGCUGCCGCGGCGAGUGGCGGGAGCUGGAGGAGGAGUUCCGGCAGCUCCAGGAAACACACAAAGUUUACAGGCAGAAACUUGAAGAAGUCACCAGCUUGCAGACAGCCUGCAGCAGCUCUAUACACCGGCAGAAGAAGACACUAAGGGAACUGAAGCACAGCCUGCAAAGGUGCAAGCCCAGAGCGAGUCCUGAAGAGUUUGCUCUCAUUCAGGAGAUCACUGCCCAGAUCAAAGAGAGGCAAAAUGCCUUCUUUGACAUGGAAGCCUACUUGCCGAAGAAGAACAGCUUGUACUUAAAUCUGGUGCUGGGAAAUGUGAAUGUGACUCUCCUGAGUAACCAAGCAAAGUUUGCCUACAAGGAUGAGUAUGAGAAGUUCAAACUUUAUCUGACAAUAAUCUUGUUGCUUGGGGCUGUUGCCUGCAGGUUUAUUCUCCACUACAGGGUGACAGAUGAAGUGUUUAACUUUCUGCUAGUGUGGUAUUACUGCACGCUGACGAUACGGGAAAGCAUUCUCAUUAGCAAUGGAUCAAGGAUCAAAGGCUGGUGGGUGUCUCAUCACUAUGUUUCCACGUUCCUGUCUGGAGUGAUGUUAACGUGGCCAGAUGGACUCAUGUAUCAAAUGUUUCGCAGUCAAUUUUUAGCAUUUUCAAUAUUUCAGAGUUGCGUUCAGUUCCUACAGUAUUAUUAUCAAAGGGGCUGCCUUUAUAGGCUCCGUGCUUUGGGGGAGAGAAACCACUUGGACCUUACAGUAGAAGGAUUUCAGUCCUGGAUGUGGCGGGGGUUGACGUUUCUCCUUCCCUUCUUGUUCUUUGGGCAUUUCUGGCAGCUAUAUAAUGCAAUCACGCUUUUCGGAUUGUCAAGGCAUAAGGAGUGCAAAGAAUGGCAGGUUUUUGUGUUGGCUUUCACGUUUCUGCUGCUCUUCCUCGGGAACUUCCUCACUACUCUCAAAGUGGUGCACACUAAACUCCAGAAAAACAAAGACAAAAUGAAGAAGCUGUGAACUCCCCCUCCCUGGCGUGCUGGCUGCUGUCCCUCUGCCCACAGCAGGUGCUGUGUUUGGGACAGAUCCCACUAAACCUCAGUUACACAAUGGAUGGGCUGGGAAGGACUCGUCCGUCCCCGUGUUUGGUGAAGGAUAUGGACUCUGCUAGCACAGACUCAGUAUUAAUGGAAGCAUGGCUCUCCAGUCUGCAGUCCUGCUAUUUAUGUAUAUUUAAUACAAAAUGUGUUUGCCUCUUUUUUUUUUUUUUUUUUUUUUUUUUUUCUAUAUAUAGAGCAGCAUGCACCUGCCCAGCAAAGUGCCAGCACUGGGAGAAUGUGGGAUCUACUGUUAUUCCAAUUCUGGAAUGAUAUUUAACACUUUCCAGUUUUAUUAUUUAAAUUCUGGGUAUUGGAUUUGCGAAGGUUUAUGAACGCUCCAGGUCGAUCAGUAAUACUGACCAAAUGCUGCUUUUAAAGGCAUUUGUUUAAGGCAUAUUUUCAGUGGCAAUACUAACCUGUGUGUACUGUGAGAGAAAAAAAAAAAAAAAAAAAACAAAAAAGCAGCCCAUCUUUGUACCAUACUGCUGCUAUAUACACUUCUAAAAAGCUAUUUAAAGAAGAGAAAUCCUCUUUUGAAAACAAAAACAAGCGAAAGCAGUUUUUAAAUGGCAGGGAAGUCUGCUAGCCCUCUUCCAGGGAGACCAGGUUAUCUGUCCAGGCCUGGAAAAGACCUAAAAUAAACCAUUCAAUAUGCAGCUGCUUCAGCCCCUUUUUAAUAAUUAAUACACUGCCCUUCAGGUUGUUUUUUUGAGACACCAUUUUUGCUUAAAAUGACCUUGAUCAGUGGCAAGAAGUGGAGUUGAACUUUGGUUUCUGUUUUCAGUGGUUUUUGCUCCCAGUGCCAUUCCAGAAAGGGGAGGACAGGCUCAGCAGAAAUAUGAAAUACUUUCUUUAGAUGCUGCACUUGUACCAAUAAUUAAGAGAAUGUAAACACUCAUUCAGGAGGAUGGCAGAGGACAAAUACCGACUGCUAUCCUGCUUAACUCCUUGUGCUGCUUGAACUUAUUCAAAUAAGCUUGUUUUGGGUGCUGUAACAUCUGUACCUCCUAAGGCCAGCUGCAGUAUUGUGAGCUGCUUUAGGCAGUGUCUUUCCCAAAGGUGAAAGCUUCCUUUGAGCUAGUACAAAGCCCAAAUUGGGCAUAUGCUUUGGCAGACUGUGAUCUGAAAAUGAUGCCCUUCUCCCAGUAAGCGUGCUCAUGAAGAAAUAUAUAUAUAUAUAUAUAUGCACUACAGACUUGAAAUGGUUUCAUCAGUUGUUCUGUUGCUGCGAGGCUAGCAAAAUUACAGCGUCGCUGUCCUGUGGGCAUGAACAAUAAAUUGCAAUUUACAUAUUUUGAACAACUUUCAUACUAACUGGGCUGUAUCUUGCUAUGUUAACUGCACACCCUGUGAGGUUUUUUUUAAGCCUUUGAACUCUCCAUUUAUGAAAUGUAAAUUGUUUUAUUUUGAGAGCGAUGCUGAAACCUGCUGGAUCCAAGCAGUGGACCUGGUUCUCCAGGGGUGGGGAGCUCUGCACAUGGCGAGUAACUUGAGUUCUGCAGCAUGAGAAACUCAGAUUAAAAAAGCAAGAAAGAUUCACAGUGUGGAGCUGAGGGUAAAUCGGUAACUUCCUGCGAGUUGAUGGUUAGGUUUCAUAAUGGAUAAACUUCUGCGUUAAUCUGCUGACAAGCUGCUUCACCCUGGAAAAAACAAAAGUUGUUCGUAGGCUGCAGUGCUGGCAGAUACUGUUCAGCUCCUCUGUACCUGGCAUUGGAAGCAUCGCGUCGCAUGACUCAAGAUGCCAUGAGCUGUAAAAGACUGAGGUCUGUCUUGCAGCCGAUCAGUACGAGGGGGACACCUCGGCAGAAGUGAUUCACUUCAGGAUACCACUGAUGAUUUUUUCAGAAACUUAAUAAGGAAGAAACAGUAAUUUAAGCAGGCUAUAGAAGAUCUCUUUGCCACCUGAAUGCUGCCCCUGGAAGCAGGUAUGUCUCUGUGAUGCACUGGAUUUACAAAAUGAGACCCAGGAAUGCCAUUCCUUCCCACGAUCACCACAACAUCCACACAGCCCAGAAACUGCCCUCCAGGGAAGUUACACAUCUCGCAUCUUUAUAUUGAUAUUUCAAAUGAAGCGAUGCUGAAAAUUUCAGUGUGCCCCAACUUUAUACCAAUUAUUCCUACCCUGGCAUAUUGGUCAGUCCCAAGUCACGUACUUGUCACUCCAGCCAAUGUGCUUGUCUCCAGCUGCAGUCUGAAGAAUUGCAGAUACCAGAAGGCCAAUAAUUCUGCAAUACUUUGCUCCCCUCCUUAAUUUAAACAAUGGAUCAAGAUCCAGGUUAUUACAAGGCAAUCCCUUCUGGAUAAGCCAUUACUCAGUUUGCCUGAGAUGUCUGUAGAACAGGAAUCUCAGGUUUGGACCACUCUGUAUUUGAGCUCCCCCAAGAGCAGCAUGUUCUGUGGACGAGGUGCAGAAUGAAGAAGGAUUGAUCCCUCAAGGUUUAAUCCAGAAAGAAUAGACAAUUGACAAAAUUAUGCAUGUUGUAUAAAUGUUCAGAGCAAAGACUGUACUAGUUAGCCUUUCUUAUUCUCCUAAAUCCACCUACUUGUUUGCAACUGAUUUAUCAUUUUGUUGUUGAGCUAAUCUUCUAAAUGCAUUAAACACAUCAGGUGCCAAA